AGCUUCAAUGGCGCCAAAACAGCAGAUGCAUCUCUGAUUACGCGUCCAUGUCUCCCCAAAACCUCCUCCGUCAUCUCAUUGACAAAUGGAUCCUCAAAUUCUGUGCUAGCACUCCUAAACCCUCACUUUGGACUCAUGUGGAGGAGUCCAUAUUAUCCAGCCGUUGAUGAAGUAGUUGCAGCUCUGAUGAGCAAAACACACUGAAGAAGGAGAAGGAGGAAGUGUGGCAUCAAUUGGAUGUGUUCUCGUUUUGAAUUUUGUCUCAAUUUCUCAUCUUUAUGCAUGUAAUGUUGUUACUUUUAAUGCGCAUUUGCAGAUAAAUGAUGGGUAGCUUC